CACUUCGCCACGGAGCCGCCGAGCAACCGACCGAGCAUGGCAGCUGCUGCGACGGCGGCGGCACCGGCGGUCGCCGCCGCGGUAUCCACCCUCCUCCGACGCAACACCGCCCUCCGAGCCUCUCGCCCCAGAUGCCUCUCCGCCGACGCGAACGUGGAGGCGUUGCCGGCGCCGAGCAGGAGGGGAGGCCACGCCGGGACGCGGCUGGAGGAGGCCGUGCCGGCCGGGGAGGGGCGGUCGCGGGUAGACGCGUGGAUCUCCGCGCGUCUGGGCGGCGGGGGAGUCAGCCGCGCGCGCGUGCAGGCCAGCAUCCGUGCCGGCCUCGUCGCCGUCAAUGGCCGUCCCGUCUCCAAGGUUUCACAAACAGUGAAGGGAGGUGACACAGUCAGCUGCACUGUGUCGGAGCUGCAACCGCUGAGGGCAGAGGCAGAGGACAUUCCUCUGGAUAUUGUUUACGAGGAUGAGCAUCUUCUCGUUGUGAACAAACCGGCUCAUAUGGUUGUUCACCCAGCACCUGGAAAUGCAAAUGGCACCUUAGUCAAUGCUAUACUUCACCACUGCAAGAUUUCAACUUUUACCUGUUUAGCACGUAACUCAAUUGAUGAUGAGUGCCCUGAAUCUUCAGAUGAUGAUAUUGACGUAUUCGAUGUUGAUCAAUUUAAUGGUGAAGUAAGUUCAGAGGUCCGUGAUGCUAUCGUGCGCCCUGGUAUUGUGCAUAGGCUUGACAAGGGGACAAGUGGACUUCUUGUUGUAGCUAAGGAUGAGCACUCUCACGCUCAAUUAGCAGAACAAUUCAAGCUGCAUACAAUACGUCGGAUAUACAUCAGUCUUACUUGUGGUGUACCUAAUCCAAAUUCUGCCAGAAUUGAAGUUCCUAUAUCCCGUGAUCCUAACAAUCGGAUACGUAUGAUCGCUGCUCCUGGAUCUGGCCACAGAUACGCACGGCAUGCUGCUAGUAGGUAUAAAGUAAGAGAGGUCUUUUGUAGUGGUGGAUCUGCACUCGUAGAGUGGAAACUGGAGACAGGGCGCACUCACCAGAUCCGAGCACAUGCAAAAUACCUAGGGUACCCUCUUCUUGGUGAUGAAACAUAUGGAGGUAGCAAAAGUAUGGCAUUGUCACUUUUGAGACCCAGAACUCCUUCAAGAUAUCAUGGUGAUCUUUCAAAUCUGAUAUCAAAGAUAGACAGGCCAUGCCUCCAUGCUGCAUUGCUUGGAUUCAAGCAUCCGCAUUCAGGUAAGAUGCUUGAAUUCUCAUGCCCUCCGCCAGAUGAUUUUGCUGAGGUACUUGAUGAACUACGUCGUGUUACACCAACAAGUGACAGCCAAGAUGGUGGCGUCGAUCAAUUCUGUAAUUAACGCAAAUGGAAAAUGCAUCAAGUGAUGCUUAGGAUAUGGUAUGUUUGACCUGAAGGUCUUUGUGUUGCCAUCUCUGAGUGUGCGAGGUGCGAAACUAACAAAGUGAUCGCUAGCUUUCUGACAUCUUCAACCAGAGAUCAGGACUACACCGAGGACAAGGAGAACAAGCCCCGAGGACGAGGCGAGAAUUUUGACAAGACUGGGAAACAUAGUUUCAGCACUCCUUUUUUAUGAUGUAAGGAACCUCAAUAGUACAUGGUCAAUGAAGAGUGUUGAAAGCAUUUAAGCAUAAUUUGAUGUGUGUAAUUUACAGAGGUGUAACAUACGCUGAAACACAGUUUGCUGUGUGAAAUGGACAUAUUUUUGAACUUCUAUUAACAGCACCCUUUAAUUGUUGGAUUU